UUAUCAUUAAAAGUAACAUAAACAAGACGAGAGUAGUUUCUGUCUUGGUGAUCUGGGAGUUUACAGUACAGCUCACAAGGCUGUUUUGCUUUGUUGCUUUGAUUGCGGACUUCGAACUCAAACUGUAGAAGAGAGAUGAAAGCGCUGCCUUCAUCGUCUUCAAAAGGGCCUGUCAAGUUCAGGGUGCCAACAAGGGAGAACUUGGUGCCAAUUCGUCUGGACAUAGAAUUAGAGGAGCAGCGUUACAAAGAUGCCUUCACAUGGAAUCCCACGGAUCCAGACUCUGAGAUUACCAUCUUCGCUAAAAGAACUGUCAAAGACUUGAAGCUUCCUCCUCCUUUUAUUAUGCACAUUGUUCAAUCCAUACAGACGCAAUUGGCCGAGUUUCGAUCCUAUGAAGGUCAAGAUAUGCUGUACACUGGAGACAAGAUUGUGCCUAUUAAGCUUGAUCUUCGCGUGAAUAACACUCUUAUAAAGGAUCAGUUUUUGUGGGACAUGAACAACUUUGAAAGUGAUCCCGAAGACUUUGCUAAAACCUUUUGCGACGAUUUGGGUAUUCAAGACCCUGAAGUUGGACCUGCAGUUGCCUUUGCUAUUAGGGAACAGCUUUAUGAGACUGCAGUUCAAAGUGUAGCUGCUGCAAGAGAAAUCAGAAUGAGUAAAAAGGGACGUCGUGGUGCCGAAUAUGUUCCUGCAAGUAAAGCAGGUGGUACUUCAUUGGAUUUGAUGAAGUUGUUCAACAACAAAUACAGUGUGGUUCGGAAAAGAAAGGAUUGGGAUGUGUAUGGGCCUAUGGUUGAUCUCUUAUCAAAUGAGGAAGUAGAUGCCCUUGAAGCGCGGGAAGAGAGGAAUGCUCGAUCUAUGAUUUGACAAUAUCAGCUGGGAGCAUAUGUAUUGAUUACCAAGAGAAUUGGGAACCCAGUUCUACGAGAUAGGCUAUGUUGCUGCCACAUGCUUCUUGUUUCAAAUGCCAGGAGCUUCAGCUGUAUGCGAAUGACACUUGCCAUUAUUAUGCACCAGUGAAAAUAGGAGUAUUCAAGCCAGUAAAUCCUGGAGGGGCAACACAAGGGAACGCGGCCCUUUGCCUUUUCUAUGUAUUUGAAUUAAUCAAAACUCUCAAACAGAUGGCUUGGAAGUGGAGAGGCAUGUGCUUGUCAAGAGUCAAGUAUCUCAUGCGAUGCUUAAAGAUUUCCUUGCAAGAAUUCUUUGGCAUUAUGAUGGGCAUGUAACAAAUAAUACUGCGAUCAAAAACUGGGAUAUCAAUUCUCUCAACAAGCUGUGUAUGUUAUUACAUUUCAA